UUAAAAGUUAAAUGGUCUUGAUGAAAUCUCGAAAGAGUAUUAUGAAACUACAAAGGCAUAGAACAAUAUUAGUAGCAAUACCUGAACUUAUUGAAUUUGUUAAUUGUGAAUCAAAAAGAAUUUACAAGAAAACUGUAAUCCUUCAAAAUAUUGGAAUGCAAAUAGCACGAUUUAAGAUUGAAAGUAGACCUACCAAGUCGGCUUUUGAUAUUUGUAUUGAAUCCGUGGAAAAGAAUGGCAAAAAUAUAGCGGCAGGUAUGCAUGCGAAACUCGUCGUACAAUACAGAUGCGAUGGAUUGAGCGAACCAGAAGAGACACUCAUGAUACAUGUGUAUAACGGAAAAUCUAUUAUUGUUAAAAUGAGAACUUUUCGGAAUUCUCCUAUUUUAAGAGUAUUUUCAUCGUCAACUUCUUUUGAAUAUGUUUCAUUAAGUUCAGAUUUAGCAAUAGAGAAAUUAUCUACUGAAACCAAAACGGAUGAAUCAUUACGAUAUAAUAACGAACAGAAGAAAACUAAGAUCAAUAACAUUAAAACCAGUUUUUAUUGUAGGGACUUAAUAGAUGAUAAUUGGAACAAAGAAACAUUAUUGGAUAGUAUCGAUUAUAGUCAAAAAUUAAAACUAUUAACCUAUUCAAAUUUUUAUCACGAAUUUGUGAAACAACACUUUCGUUAUGUACCUCUUAUUAUUGAAUUUUAUAUAGUAUCUGGGAAAAGUGAAAGAAAACGCAUAUUUUUACGUAAUGAAAGUCCUAUAGCAAGUUCAUUUUUUUUAAGUAUAAAAAAUUUUAUGAAUAGGUCUAGCAUUGGAAACAAGGACGAGAGUAAUUAUUAAAUUAUUAUAGAUGAAUUCAAUGAAUAUAAAUUAGAAGUCGUAUUAACUGUUGAACCUUUAAACGGCAUGAUUGAGCCGAAUGAAAUGAUGUUUUUUGACAUAAUUGCAAAAAGCAAUACAUGGGGUAUAUAUACCGAUUGUAUCACAAUUAAUAUCGACUUAUUACCUCCAUACACAUUUUGGAUCCGUAUAAUUAAUAAUAAUUUGCCAAUCUCUUAUCCAAUUUAUAGAAAGCCAACAAAAAUUCCAAAAAUACGGUUUAACAUUUUUACGUCUGAUAUCUCAACGAAACAUAGAAAAUUGUUAUUAAAAAACACAAGUACAAUUCCAUUAUAUUUACAUUGGUAUUGUUUUACCAUUGCUGAAGAUACUGAAGUGAAACCAUUCAAUACCAUUCUAGAUAUGUUUAGUCCGUUUAUCGACAUAAAUGAAUAUUUAUUGGGACAAAAUGAUUUUAUCAAAGAAAUUGAAAAUUUUUUCAGUUGUGCAUUAAAUCCUGAUGUGUCAAAACAGAAUUUAUCUAAUGAUAAUAAAUCUAAUAAUACGAAUAAUUAUAAUGCAAGUAACACAGUCAAGAUUAUUAAAAACAAAAACUCAAGUUUUAACAUGAACUCGUCUACUUCAACGAAUGUCGAUGACUUAUCAAACGACAUUGCAAAUAAUAAAAUUCAGGAUACAGAAUUUCAAUUUUCUCUUAUUCCUUACUAUGGAGAAAUUACUAAUGAUUUAUUCACUAUUAUACCUAAAGAAUUGUUCUUACCUCCAAAAGAAAAACGUUACGUUCAUAUUUACGUAAAUAGUGAAAAAUUGGAAAUCAAUAUUAAUAAAAUAAGAUUUUAUAAAGCCUGUGGAUUUAUAAGAAUUCCGCCGAUUUUUAAAUUUAAUGACAAUAUAUUUUUUCGAAAGGAUGGAUAUGAUUUACCACCCACUGAAGUUUACUUGGAAUGUGAUAUACGAAAGCCCAUUUUACUUGUACACUCUUGUAAAUCUCAACGUACAUUUAAAUUCCAUGUAAAGGAUUUUCUGCAAUAUAAAAAAAAAGAACUAAAGGUCAAUAAAACAAUUUUAUUUAAUAACCAUAGUGAAGAAAUCGUUGUUGUAACAUUUGAAAUAAACGAGCCAUUUCAAAUAAAGUGUGUAUCUACAGAACGUGAAGUGUUCAACAGUAAAUGUGUAACUAUUCAUCCUGGUGAAAAUGUUAAAAUCGAAAUUAAAUGUAUACUUAAUGAAACCGUAGUAGUAUAUAUAAAAAUUAAAUUCCCUUCACUUAAAUUAUCUACAAUUCACUUAAAUUUUGGUAAUCUAUUAGUUGGUGAUACUAAAACUUUGAUGUUCAGAGUUCAAAAUUUAUCAAAUAGAUCACAGUAUUUUGAAAUUAAAAGGAAUAAUAGUAAAAAUGUUUUCUCUAUAUACCCAAGCAAGGCUUUAUUAUCAUCACAAACUUUUAAAAAUACAAAUGUAAUACAAAUUACGGUUCGUUUUACUCCAAAAAAUCCAAAAAUUUUUAAUGAAACUAUUGAAAUCAUCUCGGAAAUUGAUGGUCUUAUAUACAUCUGUACAUUAAAAGGUAUCGGGUACAUAGAACGGAAAGUGUAAAGACCAUGAACAAAAUUUAUAAAUUGGAAAUAUAUAAUAUUUAAAAGUAUCUUGAGACAAAUAUUUUAUAGAAACUAUUAAGUGUAUUUACAUAUGCUGUUGCUUAAACUUAUUUUAACAAAGAUUAUGUAUUCUAUCAAGA